GAUGGAGUGAAGUGUUGGUGGAUGACUCAAUGGCCUAUUUCUAUAAGGCUUUGGAUGAACUUCGAGAAAUCUGGGACUUGAUUGGGAUUCCAGAGGAUCAAAGGCUUCAAAGGCUUGACGUUGUCAGAAAACAUGUCCAAAGCCUCCUGGACAUGAUGAUUGAAGAGGAAAAGAGCCUGAAGGAAAGGCUUUUAAAAAGAAUUGAUUCUUAUCGAGAAGAGCAGGACACUCUGUUCAAAGAGUUAAAACUGGAACCAUUUCUGGAAGAAGAGGAGCAUACCAUCUUGAAGCUAGAGAAGGAUCUUCGAACACAGAUAGAAGAGUUGAAAAAACAGAAAGAAGAAAGGAUACAGGAACAGAAACUACUUCAAGAACAAGAUAAAAAAUUGAGUGAGAUUCUUUGUGUGUCACCAUACAGCCUUGACAGUGAUUCAGUACUCAGCCUAGAGGAGCUGAACCAGUUCAGAAAUCACCUGGCAGCUCUGGUGAAAAUGAAGGCAAGCCGAUGGGAGGAAUUUAUCAGCACAAAGAAACAGAUCCUACUCUCCAUGGAAGAUCUGGAUCACACCCCAGAAACGGAUUUUGAGAAAAAUGUGGUAUAUAUGGAUGAAGAGACCUUUUGUUUGUCACUGGAGAAUAUGACAGCCCUAAAGAAUCUGCUUUUGCAGCUAGAAAUGGAGAAAGCUGAGAAUGAAGUUGUGUGUGAAGGGCUCCGCUCUCGAAUCAGGGAACUCUGGGAAUGGUUACAAAUAUCUGUUCAUGAGAGAGAAGCUCUGGCCACAUUCAUGACUGGGUCAAAGGCCAAGAUCAGAAAAAUGCUACAAUCAGAAGUGGAUCGAUUGGAGGAGCUGAAGAUUCAUAACAUGAAGAAAGUGAUUGAAGCAACCAGAGUGGAGCUGGCUCUGUAUUGGGAAAAGUGCUUCUACAGCCAGCAACAGAAAGAAACCUUUACCCAUUACUAUGACGAGGACUACACAGAGAUCUUGCUCCAGCUCCAUGAUGCAGAAAUUGUGAAGUUGAAACAAUAUUAUGAGAUGAACAAAGAACUCUUUGAAGGCAUUCAGAAGUGGGAAAAGUACUGGAGGCUUUUCUUGGAAUUUGAGAGAAAAGCUUCAGAUCCAAGCCGAUUAAUGAACCGUGGUGGAAAUCUCUUGAAAGAAGAAAAGCAACGAGCCAAGCUCCAAAAAACACUCUCUAAGCUGGAAGAGGAGUUGAAAGCACAGAUUGAAAUGUGGGAAAAACAACAUUCCAAGGCUUUUGUGGUGAAUGGCCAAAAAUUCAUAGAAUACGUGAUGGAACAGUGGGAAAUGUUUCAUUUGAAGAAAGAGAAAGAAAAGGAGGAGCGACAACUAAAGAAGAACCAUCAAACAGGAGCAGAGACGUUCUACAGCAGCAGUUCCAAAACACCCUCCAAGAAGCAAGAACUGGGGCCUAACACGUUAGGCAAAGCCUGCAAGGUAACUAAGAUAUGAUCCAUGACAUCAUUCCCUCUGCUUGCCACUUAGAAGACUGUACCCUGGGAUUUGCCAGUGCAGCUGCUGUGCUGAAAGGGUGGGGCAAGGAUGAAGACUUCACCGAUCUUCCAG